CCUGCAGCGAGCAGCUCAGGCCUACCUCAUUUUCGCCUGGCAGGUCAGCCGCUCUGUGUUUCAGACUGAAGCCGUUGGCUGCUACUGAACCGUUUGGCUCUUUUCUCUACUAGCGAGCAAAGCUACAAUCUAGACCCAACUGUCCAUCCAGCUCAUUUUAAGGGGAUUUAUCAGUAUAUAUGCCCGUGUAUCCAAAACACAUCGGUCAUUGGGGAUUCCUAGCACCGGUUGGCCGGGUCUGAAGGCCGUUAUAACGCUUUUUUCGAGGUUUAAUUAGAGCUAGAAAACAACGGUGGUGGAGGAGGAGGAGAUUCCAUAUUAGGAGCACAGAGGAGAAGGCACCCCCCUUUGAGUGAUUUGGAGCUUUAGGUUCUCAGCCCAUGGUACAAGGCCCUGACUGAACAUACUGGUGGGCAUACAGACUUACUACUGUGGCUAGGUGUGUGCGUGCUGACCUCAUGGUGUAACAGAAGUAAAGAUGAGCAUUAGCAGUGAUGAGGUCAACUUCCUGGUCUACAGAUACCUACAGGAGUCAGGGUUCUCCCACUCAGCGUUUACCUUCGGUAUAGAGAGUCACAUCAGCCAGUCCAACAUCAAUGGUGCUCUGGUUCCCCCUGCUGCCCUCAUCAGCAUCAUCCAGAAGGGCCUGCAGUACGUCGAGGCUGAAGUCAGCAUCAAUGAGGACGGCACAUUAUUUGACGGGCGGCCCAUUGAGUCUCUGUCUCUGAUUGACGCUGUGAUGCCGGACGUCGUUCAGACGAGGCAGCAGGCCUACCGGGACAAAAUGGCCCAGCAGCAGGCCGCCGCUUCGGCACAGACAUCGGCCACCGGAGGCAGCAUCGCCGGCAACGCCAAGAACGGAGAGAAUACUGCCAACGGGGAGGAGAACGGAGCCCAUGCCUUAGCUAACAACCACGCAGACCUGAUGGAGGUGGACGGAGACGUGGAGAUCCCCCAGAACAAGGCCAUGGUCUUGAGGGGCCACGAGUCGGAGGUCUUCAUCUGUGCCUGGAACCCAGUCAGCGAUCUGCUGGCAUCAGGGUCCGGGGAUUCGACAGCUCGUAUCUGGAACCUGAGUGAAAACAGUACGAGCUGCUCCACACAGCUGGUCCUGAGACACUGCAUACGAGAGGGGGGGCAGGACGUCCCCAGCAACAAAGACGUCACCUCGCUGGACUGGAAUAGCGAGGGCACGCUGUUAGCAACAGGCUCUUAUGACGGCUUUGCCAGAAUAUGGACGAAGGAUGGGAACCUGGCUAGUACACUUGGUCAGCACAAAGGUCCCAUUUUUGCCCUUAAGUGGAACAAAAAAGGCAAUUUUAUCCUGAGUGCAGGAGUAGACAAGACAACAAUCAUAUGGGAUGCCCAUACAGGAGAAGCCAAACAACAGUUUCCCUUCCAUUCAGCUCCGGCACUAGACGUUGAUUGGCAGAGCAACAACACGUUUGCCUCCUGUAGUACGGACAUGUGCAUCCACGUCUGUAAACUGGGACAGGACCGACCCAUUAAAACAUUCCAGGGACACACAAAUGAAGUAAAUGCAAUCAAGUGGGAUCCCACAGGGAACCUGCUCGCCUCCUGCUCAGACGACAUGACGUUGAAGAUCUGGAGUAUGAAGCAGGACUCGUGUGUCCAUGACCUGCAGGCCCACAGUAAAGAAAUCUACACCAUCAAAUGGAGUCCCACCGGGCCUGGAACCAACAACCCCAGCGCCAAUCUCAUGCUAGCUAGUGCAUCGUUUGACUCCACAGUUCGUCUUUGGGACGUGGAGAGAGGCAUCUGUAUCCACACGCUGACUAAGCACCAGGAGCCCGUCUACAGCGUGGCUUUCAGCCCCGAUGGUCGGCAUCUGGCCAGUGGCUCCUUUGACAAAUGCGUGCACAUCUGGAAUACACAGACGGGCGCUCUAGUCCACAGUUACAGAGGGACGGGAGGAAUCUUUGAGGUUUGCUGGAAUGCAGCGGGGGACAAAGUGGGAGCCAGCGCAUCAGACGGAUCUGUGUGUGUACUAGACCUUCGGAAAUAGUGCCGCUGUUUGUUGGAAGCCAUGGACCGACCAUGAAUGUGUACAUAGCCAAAUGACUGUCCCUGCCUGCCCUGCGUACUGCUCUCGCUUACGACUAUGGCCCCGCCCACCGACAGACAGGAAGCAGGGAACGGGAACAGGAAGCAAGCACUUGACACAGCAGGUCCAGACCACGGGGGGAUGAACGGACAAACGGACAGACGGAUAAACGGGCGGAUGGAAGCGCCCCUCUCUAUCUGUGCAGACUCUUACAGAAAUGCAGAAGGGACGCAGAGAAAAAACGAAAAAAAAAACUGAUAGACAAAAAAAAAAAAAGUUACAGAUCCGUAUAUGUACCAAAAUUUGGAAGCUAUUUUGCUUUUUUGAUCUUUAAACCAUGCUCAUCGUCAUCAAAAUGAAAAACAAUGAAAAAAGUGUUGCUCUUUGUUACUAGUUGGAUCUCAUUGUGAAGACAUAUCAACUUCUCCACCAUAAAAUAGGAUGGCACUUAGUUUUUUUAAAUUUCAGAUCUCUUGUUUCAAUGUUUUUAUAUUUUUUAUCUUCGGGGGAGGGGGCGGGCUGGUCGGGUCAGAGUUUCAUUGAUUGGAGAAGAACAUACAUAUAAACACGCUCGGACAUGCACACCAAGCAGUUCUCAAAAAAACUGUGUCCUCGUCAUGAUUUCAAAACAAGGUGGCAAAUCCCAAGGCUUUUAUUCUCCUGUAUGUCAGCGGUGGUUUCUGCAGGUGUGAGUUUGGUCAAACGGUUAACCGAGUGGAGUAGUUCAUGUGAACUCUGGACUCCCUCUGUACAGCCAGAUGACACAGCUGAUGUACGUCUAGAUGCUUUAAAGAAACGGCUCCUCUGUGCACUAUUUGAUCCAGAUGUUUUACCCACAGUUCUCCUCUCUGGACCCUUCGGCCAUAGCAGCUACUUGUGUGAUGGAAAAAGUUUCAAUUGGCCAGAAGCUGACCUCCACUUGUCUAAAUCUGAGUUGUAUUAAUGCAACCGUCGUCAGGUCCUCAGCCAGUAGGAUUCCAGCAGUUUUUGUGUGCGAGUGUGUUUUACGCAUCAUCUGGAAGACUUCAAACAUUUCUAAUUUGAUCGACCCUCAAAUCACGAUGCCCUGAAGUGUUGCUCCACGUUUCGUUCAUGCAGAUGUUCUGGAGGCAGAAAUAAUCCCAGUGAAUAAAGAGCAGAUGGGUCGAGCCAAAGAAAACACCCAUCGGGUAAAAGAGGUCGACGACGUCAAAGACUGUAGAGCUGAGCUCUGUUGCUGCAAUCGCACAACGAUCGUAGAACGCUACUGUGUGUCCACCGGGGAGCUUUCUCGCAUUGUUCCAGGAGCCUCAAUGAGCCCUUUUGUUAUUAUGUUGUGUAUUUGUUCGUAAACAACUGAAACCAAAUACACACGAGCGGUUUGUACUUCCUUUUUGAUGAGCUGAACAGUUACAGUUGGAGUUAAAAGUUCAUUAUGUACACACGACUGCCAGCAAUGGUUGCUUUGCAGUCAUUUUGCGACGAGUUUAUGUUGUAGUUUAUCCAGGAGGCUGUCUGUAACGGUUUGGCUCACUCGGCCUGAACGCAGCAUUAAGAAGGCGGUCAAGCUGUUUCUGAACUCACCCCCUCAGUCUACAGAACGAACACUAAAUAGUUCACCCACAGAACUGACAUUAAAUUAAGGUUUUUGUAUACCAACGUUGCAUCUCAUCAGUACCUAAUCAAAUGCAGCCUUUGAGAGCACUGAGGAGCGUUCAGGAACUCUGAUAAAGUGGUUCGCGAAGUGCAUUAUUUAGUUUGGACGUGGCCUGGCUGUACUGAGCUGGCCGGCUUAAUCAGAGCCAACUUCUAAAAGAAGCGGUGCGCGGGCGAUCAGAGAGGAGUCGCCAUGUUUGCACUUCUGGUUCCCUUGUCACAAAGUCGGGGGGAUUAUGGGAUGGUUGGUAGUGAAAUACGGUCUGUGGUUAACACGUGCUUGCUCGAUGAGACGGGGAGGAGGGGCCAAGUUUGAAUGCCGAUGUAGUUUAGUUUUUUUAUAAAGAGGCGGUUGCUAACAAGUGUCUACAUGAGACUAAACGUCGUCACAUUGAACACGUCAUAGCCUCACGUUAGCGCUUUACUUCUGGCAAUUCCAUCUACGCGUCAAAAAAACCAUGAAGUGCUCAUUUGUGAAGAGUAUCUUGUUGAACAGAACAUGUAAGUGUCGUAAACCUGCGUUUGCCACAGAGUAGUUUUUAUGCAGUAUUCCAAAAAAAUGAAAAUCCCAAAACGCUUUUUGUAGAGGGGAGCAGCGCGAUGCUAGCCGUGUCGUCCCGGAACCACUGAUGUCUUUUAAAUUGUAUUUUGACAAAUAUUUCGACUUCCGGUGGGCCAGCUUGUGUUCUUUGGCUCUGCCCUGUUGAAGGUUUCAGAUAAACCAUAACGUAGUGAUUCCAGAGCAGCUCUGCCUCCAAACCUCAAUCUAAAGAAUGUUUUCAAACUGUUUUAAUAAUACGACCACCCACAUUUCCCUGGGAUGGAGUCGAGGGCUUCAGUGAGUUUUGGCUGCCUUUACUUAGAAAGAGAGAGACGUCACGUUCUAUAUGUUUCCCUCUUCAUGCUUUCUUAUGCCUUUAAUAACGCAGCCAAUGGUUUUAUUCCCCUGUUGAAUCUUACUGGCUGAUCCCUGGCACAAGGUUGCGAUUCAGAAUCGAGCUCAAAAGCAGAUCCAAACAUUAAAGCAAUAUCUGGCCAUUUUCAUUUUUGUCUGUUUUUAUUAGCAGCUGCUUGUCACAAAGUGUGUUUAUAACUACACUUCUGAAAGAAACAGAGAUACAAAGAUCUGAAGAAGCUAAAGGUCACAUGUUGCAGUAUUUUAUCCACAGCAUGACCGUCCUGGUGAAUGAACAGAAGAUGUCGAGCUGUGUUAAAUGUCUUUAAAUCGCCUCCAUUCUUGUUGCUUUCUUCCCCGUCAACAUUCUGCUCACACUUGACUGAGGUUCCUUGCUGACGAGACAUUUUAUACUCUUUUAAACACAAAUUAUAGUUACAUUUUUGUAAUUUCUUUGUAGAUUUGAAAAAAAAAAGAAGUGAAUUGAUGAUUUCUUGGCGGUGUUAAUUUCCAUGUUCUCUACAUUUGAAAGAGUUUGUUUUGUUACUUUGAUGCUAUUGCAAACAGUAAAGGGCGACCCUGUUAUGUGAGGCUGAGCGAGGCACCGAGCGUGUGAAGAGUUGUCCCAGAGGAGCGACUGACCACUAAAUUAAGUUUUAAUAAAGACAUGCUUCACUUUUUAUUUUACUUUUAUCUUUUGGGGAAACUCGGUCCCAGAUGAGAAUGACUUUCUUCUUGGCUUACAAAGAAAACAAUUUACAAAGGAAAAGUUACUUUAAAUUGAAUAAAAUUGUAAUUUUUUAUUAUUUUUUUUAUCAAGCCAGGACUCUUGGGAAUGUUUCUGGUUCCCCCUUUGUGUUCGUCUGUGUCCAGUGAGGAUUCAGAGAGAGUUGCUCUGGAAGCAGAUUUAAUCUCAUUGGUUAAAUAAGGACUUAACAUUUGAGUCUGAAUUGGUUGUGCACAGUCGGGUAUUGUGAGCACAGAAAAUGAUUAUUUUGCAUAAUUGAUUAUAUUUUAUAAAAUAAACUUUUAGCACCUGAAGGAUUUUCUUAGAAAAUAUAAAAAAAAUCUGUUCUCUGCUCAGUCAUGUGAUUGUCAUGUGAUUGUGUGGUUGCUCUGUGCGCUCGCGUCCUCUCUGCUGUGCAGCCUCAGCUUCACCUGCAUGCUCAUCCAGCCUGUGAACCGUGAGGUUCCCUUUCAGAAGGUGAUUUCUUAUUGGCUGUUUGGUGAUGGUACUAAUGAUGGGACUAGUCACUUGGGCAGUAAAGAAGCAAAUAAAUACAUAAGAGUUAUUAUAAAUACGCAAACUACAUAUUCUUUUUCUGUGCUAAAAAUAUCGUAAGCCUCAUUGACCGCAGCUGAAGAAACAUUUAUUCUCUGGUAAUAUUUGAAAUGAAAAGGCAGACAAAUCCUCCAGGCUCAUCUGGAGUUGUUGAACUUAUUUCCAUAUUUUUGGUUAUAUUUUCUCGUAACAAUUUAAGUUUGUAAAAGUUUAAGCUUUAGGUUGGCUUCACUCAAAGGUUUAAUUAAACAAAGAAUAUGAAAUCUGCCUCCAGAGCUCUGCUUCUGACAAACAAACUGCAAAUCCAUUUAUUUUCUCUUGUAUCCGUCUGUAAUAAAUUGGGCGUUUUUUACUAAUGGACUUACAGAGAUUUCAUGUUUUCCUUUUAAGAGUCCUGUGCACUAUUUCAUCACUUUUUUUUCUUCCUUGUAUUUAAAGCACUUGAGCCAAAAGUUAAAUGAAAAUUUCUCACGCGGGCAACUUCCUGCCACCCUUAGGUCUGUGCCGUCAGUGUGUCUGGGCCCACAUGGCUAAUGUCGCUGAGUCAACCUUUUAUUUGUGCCACCACAACAGACAUGUUGGUCUAAGCAGCAGCUCUCCCAUGAGGUCUCACAGCCUUUGUGACUUUUCUUCUUUUCUCUUCUUCUGCAACUCGCAUCACAUUGGUCUGUUAUCAUUGAAGUCAGAUCAGUAAAACAAAAGUCCAGAAUAAAAUAUAUUUUGAUAAGA